AACAUGGCGGCGCCCAGGAGGAGUUGAGUUUCAGUCACUCGGUUCAGCUGAGCGGAGAUUUUGAAGAGACUGAGCCUGUAGUGAUGGAUGGCAGAGAGUUCCUAGCCUCUCUUGUGGCUGGUGGCAUAGCAGGGAUGUGUGUGGAUUUGACACUCUUCCCACUGGACACCAUGAAAACCAGACUACAGAGUCCUCAGGGGUUCUACAAUGCUGGAGGGUUUCGUGGGAUUUAUGCUGGUGUUCCAUCUACCGCCUUAGGAUCUUUUCCCAAUGCUGCUCUUUUCUUUGUUACCUAUGAGUAUACGAAAUCUGUGCUGGACUCCUGUGUGUCUACAAAAAAGGCUCCGCUUGUUCACAUGGUUGCUGCUUCUCUUGGAGAGAUGGUUGCAUGUCUGAUAAGGGUUCCUUCGGAAGUUGUGAAACAACGAGCCCAAGCUUACCCCUCACUGGGCACUUAUAAGGUGUUCGUUGACACUAUAAGGCAUGAGGGCAUCCUAGGACUCUACAGGGGCUAUGGAAGUACAGUGAAACGAGAGAUUCCCUUUUCUCUGGUCCAGUUUCCCACGUGGGAGCUUCUGAAGGCCGUGUGGUCAUGGAAGCAAAAUCAUGCGGUUGAUUCUUGGCAGGCUGCAGUCUGUGGAGCAUUUGCAGGUGCACUUGCAGCUGUAGUCACCACCCCUCUCGAUGUAGCAAAGACGAGAAUCAUGCUGGCAAAGACAGGUACCACCACUGCCAGUGGAAAGGUGUUACCAGUCUUAAGCAACAUCUGGAAGAUGCAAGGAAUUUCUGGGGAGUGGUUGAGGCAGAGACCAUUGCAUCUUUUAAGAGAAGAUUGAAUAUCUGAAGUGGAGGAAGAUACAGGGCUGAGGAGAGCAUGAGACAUUGGGAUUAGUUUUGAACUGCUCUAUCAAGGAGCUGGCAAAGAUACAAUGGGAUAAAUGGUCUCUAUCUGUACUGUAAACUUCUGUGGUUCUGAUUUUCUUUUAUUGCACCUAUUUUUGAUUUAGUCACACAUUAUGGUAUGCCAUGUAAAUGUGCAGGAAGAACUUAAUAUUCUGAAGUGCUUUGCAACAAAGCUUGGAAUAUUCUGAAGAAAAUUAUGUGUAACAUUUGCAAUUUUAACAGAUUUAACUGUCAGUCUGUUUGACAGUAUGGCCAGUACACGCCUAGUACAAAUCGCCGUGCUUUAAAGUUAUAAUUACAGUAAUGAGCUGAAUCACUGUCCAGUAAAACCAUAAACUGUUUCCAUCUGUCAGCUGUAAGUCAGUUCUAGAAAACCAAAAUAACCUGGAAAACAAGCAAC